AUGGGUCGAAGGCCUGCAAGAUGCUACAGGCAAAUCAAGAACAAGCCGUACCCAAAGUCAAGGUACUGCAGAGGUGUCCCUGAUCCCAAGAUCAGGAUCUACGAUGUGGGCAUGAAGAAGAAAGGGGUCGACGAGUUCCCGUUCUGCGUCCACCUCGUAUCCUGGGAGAAGGAGAAUGUGUCCAGCGAGGCCCUUGAGGCUGCCCGCAUUGCCUGCAACAAGUACAUGGCCAAGUUUGCAGGAAAGGAUGCCUUCCACCUAAGGGUCCGGGUCCAUCCCUUCCAUGUCCUCCGCAUCAACAAGAUGCUUUCGUGUGCUGGGGCUGAUAGGCUCCAGACAGGGAUGAGAGGCGCCUUUGGCAAGCCUCAGGGGACCUGCGCUAGGGUUAGCAUCGGCCAGGUGCUCCUCUCCGUACGAUGCAAGGACGCGAAUGGGAACCACGCACAGGAGGCUCUUAGGAGGGCCAAGUUCAAGUUCCCGGGAAGGCAGAAGAUUAUCGUGAGCCGCAAAUGGGGAUUCACCAAGUUCAGCCGAGCGGACUACCUUAGGUGGAAGCAGGAGAACCGGAUCGUUCCCGAUGGAGUUAAUGCGAAGCUGCUGGGGUGCCAUGGCCCUCUAGCUAAUAGGCAGCCCGGGAGGGCUUUUAUCUCAGCAGUGAAUUGAAAUCUGCAGCCUAAGCUUUUGUUAUGGAAGCAAUUUUUCCAAAGUGGAUUUUGUUUUGAGACUUUGAUUUUUGCUAGUUGGUAAUUGUUUCCAUGUGCUGGUCUGGGAAUUUUGCUUUGAGUUUCGAAGUGAGGUUUAUACUGAGGUAAUUUGAUUAUGCUUUAGACUUAGACAA